AUGCCAAUUUUCGUAUACCCCAGCGAUACUUCGGUUCCUAACACCAACUUCAUCGGUUGUGCUUUGAACGAGGGCCCAGCAGGUGCCGAAACCCCUGGACCCUUCCUCAACGGCAGCUUCUCUCAGCCUUCCGCUUCAAUGACAUGGGAUCUUUGCGACGCUUAUUGCCGCAACCCUGCCAACGGUGGCCCUUACAGGUACUACGGUAUCGAGAACGGCGAAACUUGUCGAUGCGGCAACUUCUGGGGAUACGCGCAGGACGAUCUCAGCGAUGUACCUUCGCCUUUGUGCGAGGCAGCAACUUGCACAGGCAGUCAAGGCUCGCAGUACUGCGGUGGACCCAACCGCAUGGUAUUCUUCGAGAACACCGCCUACGUUCCAACUACCACAAUGACAAUGGGGAUUGAUUCUGGACUUUCGACACUACGACAUUCGACUUCUGGAUAUGCGACAUACGACAACACAUCGACAACAACCACAGCACUUCGACAUAUCCGACACAUCAACAACUCUGACACAACAAUCAUUUCGACACACACAAACGACCACGACACACAACGACUGCGACACACAUCAACGACUACGACACACAUCAACGACUACGACACACAUCAACGACUACGACAUACAUCAACGACUACGACAUACAUCAACGACUACGACAUACAUCAACGACUACGACAUACAUCAACGACUACGACAUACAUCAACGACUACGACACACAUCAACAACCCUAA